AUGGAAGCCACUGGGGAUUUUGGGCCUGUGCCUCCAGGCAUUGACCUUGCCAUGAACCAGCAAUCCCAGAUGCUGGGUGCAGUCAUUACCCUCAUGAUUAUUGGAACCCUAGCGGUUAUUCUGCGUGUAUAUACACGUGCAAAGACAUCUCAGACAAGUUUCGGUCUGGAUGACUUUUUGAUCUUGGCUGCUUUGUGGUUUGCCUAUGGCACUGGUAUAUGCGUGAUCAUCAGUAUCAAGUACAAAAAUGGAUGGCACCAACAGGCUCUGACCGAUUCCGAAUUCGUCUCUCUUUGGAAGCUCCUUUUCGCACAUGUUUUCCUUUACUCAACAACAGUCACUUUCACUAAAUGCUCAAUCGUUGUGUUCUAUCGUCGCAUCUUUAACCUGCGCUGGUUAUUAUAUUUCGCCAUAGCCAUCAUCCUUGGCUACUUCGUCGCUGUUAUUGUCACCAUUGCUGCAGCAUGUCGCCCAACUUCAUAUUUCUGGGAGCAAUACACGGAUCCCACAGCUGAAGGGACAUGUAUAGACGUCCCUCAAUUUUUCUUUGUCAAUGGCAUUGCUGCUGUCAUCAUUGAUGUCAUGAUUCUGUGUGUCCCAGCUCCGGUCAUUUGGAAAUUGCAAAUGCCCAAAUCUCAGCGCGUUGCAGUUACUAGUAUCUUGCUGCUCGGUGGUUUGGAUUUCAAAACCCAUGCUGAUCAAAAUUACUACAGUGUCUGUAUCGCCGGUGUCGUUCGCGUUGUUUUCUUAUAUAAACAUACACAUUCCAAUGAUCCAUCAUGGACAAUUGCCCCCGUGUUCAUGUGGUCUUGCGUUGAGCCUUUCAUCGGAAUUGUAUGCGCCUGUUUACCAACUUUUUCACCUUUGUUCCGUCGCUGGUGGGCUAUUUUGGGGGGAAGAAGGAUUCCAAGAAACAGGAGGACUAUUAUGACCCGUCGUUCAAGACAGCAAAGGUCGGAAGAUGAAGAAGAUGGCCCUCACGGUGAUGAGGUUCAAUUAACUAGCUUCCCUGGUUGGCCAUUGAACUUCUUACGUGGGAAGGUUGGUAGAGAUGAUGCGAGAUUGUCUAGCUCGAAAAUUCAGGUUAAAGAGGAGAUUACAAUCUCGUUUUCUGUGGGCUAA